UGCAACGCCCAGUUCACUUACUACUCACCAAGAUCCAAGAUCCAAAAAUAUAUAGGCUACUACAUACAAGUACAUCGAUCAAAACGCAAGCAAACUAAACCAGCAGACUAGUGCAAUGCAAACAAUGAAGAGCUGGAGCCUCCCCACGGCAGCCGCCGUGGUCGCGGCCACCAUUUUCUUCUCCCUCUCGACCAUGGCCCUACCGGCGGCUUCCGCCAUUGUCGAGCACACCUUCGUUGUGAGCCAGAUGAACAUGACGCACUUGUGCAAGGAGACUCCCGUCACCGUCGUGAACGGACAGAUCCCAGGGCCAUCGAUCGAGGUUACAGAGGGGGACUCGGUGACCGUUCAUGUCGUCAACAAGUCACCCCACAACAUAACAAUCCAUUGGCACGGAGUGAAGCAGCGGCGGAAUUGCUGGUCUGACGGGGUGCCGAUGGUCACCCAAUGCCCCAUCCAGCCAAACCAAAACUUCACCUACCGGUUCAGCGUCGCCGGGCAGGUAGGCACCCUGUGGUGGCAUGCUCACGUCUCUUGCCUCCGGGCAACCCUGCAUGGCGCCAUCAUCAUCCGCCCAAGACUUGGGGCCAGCUCGUAUCCAUUUCCCAAGCCUGAUCGUGAGAUCCCCUUCAUUAUAGGGGAUUGGUGGGCGAUGGACCUUUCAGUGGUAGCCAGAAGAAUGGAGAAGGAUAAUUUCUUCGACUACUUCCCCAGUGCAUCCACAAUUAACGGCAAGCUUGGAGAUCUAUUCAACUGCUCUGGGGUACCAGAGGAUGGGUUCGUGCUGGGCGUGGAGGCUGGCAAGUCCUACUUGCUGCGCAUAAUCAACACGGCGCUCUUCUCCGAGUACUUCCUCAAGAUCGCCGGGCACAAGUUCACGGUGGUUGCCUCCGACGCCAACUAUGUCCGGCCUUACACCACGGAUCUCGUCGUCAUCGCGCCCGGCGAGACCAUCGAUGCCCUGGUGGUCGCCGACGCGCCCCCGGGCAAGUACUACAUGGUCGCCAUGCCCAACCAGGCGCCCUUGCCCGACACCCAGACCCCAGAGCCAUCCACGAGAGCCACGAUGCAGUACAGCAGCAGCAAUGGCGGCAAGCCGGUGGCACCUGUGAUGCCUGAUCAGCACGACGUGGUGCGGUCACUCUAUUUCCACAGCAACCUUAGCAGCCUGCGACACCCACGGCACCCGCUGCCGCCGGUGCCCCAGCAAGUGGACCAGCACCUGUUCAUCACGCUCGGCCUGGGCAUGGCCUGCCGGCAAGGCUUCAAAUGCAACAGGGAUGACAAGAACGACAAUAUGAUCCUUGUGGCCACCAUGAACAACAUCUCCUUCCAGAAACCCACGGCGCCACUGCUGCCGGCGCACUACUACCAUGUCGCCGGCAGCAACAGGGGCGACCUGCUGGAGCUCCCUGACAGGCCGCCGAGGGUCUUCAAUUUCACGGACCCGUCCCUGAUCCCCAUAGGACCCAAGGAGAAGGCGCUGGAGACGACGUACAUGGCGACGCUAGCGCGGUGGUUCCGGUACGGCUCGGCGGUGGAGAUGGUGUUCCAGAGCACGUCGAUAAUGCAAGGCGACUCCAACCCGAUGCACCUGCACGGGCAUGACAUGUUCGUGCUCGCGCAGGGGGUCGGCAACUUCGACGCCGCCAAGGACAGGGCGAGGUACAACCUGGUGGAUCCGCCGCUCAAGAACACGGUGGUAGUCCCCAAUCUUGGGUGGGUCGCCAUCCGAUUUGUCGCAGACAAUCCAGGGGUGUGGUACAUGCAUUGCCACUAUGAGUUUCACUUGGCGAUGGGCAUGACGGCAGUGUUCAUUGUAGAAGAUGGGCCGACGGUGAACACGUCGCUCCCUGCACCGCCAGUAGAUUAUCCAUCAUGUGGCCGCCCCAACCGCAAGAAGGGUAGUCUUGUGCCGGAUGAAUCCUACCUCCAAACUCGGGAAAUCAAAGCCUCACGUAUAGAUGGAGUCUAAAAUUAAAUAUAACUCCGGUUGAUAGUUUCAUUUAAA